UUAACCUGUGGGAUAAACUACGAGAUGGAAACUACAGAGGCCUUCAAUAACUCUGAUCUGACCCCAGAGUAUGACUAUUAUGGUGCAGCCCCCUGCCAGAAGGAUGAUAUAAGGGCCUUUGGGGCCCAGCUGCUGCCCCCUUUGUAUUCCCUGGUAUUUGUUAUUGGCCUGAUAGGCAACAUCCUAGUGAUUUUGGUCCUUACCCAAUACAAGAAAAUCAAAAGCAUGACCAGCAUAUAUCUCCUCAACCUGGCCAUUUCUGACCUGCUCUUUCUUUUCACACUGCCCUUCUGGAUUGAUUACAAUUUGAAGAAUAAUUGGAUUUUCGGUAACAUUAUGUGUAAGUUCCUCUCGGGGUUUUAUUACUUAGGCUUGUACAGCGAGAUCUUUUUCAUCAUCUUGCUGACAAUUGACAGGUACUUAGCUAUUGUCCAUGCUGUGUUUGCCCUGCGGGCCCGGACUGUCACCUUUGGUAUCAUCACCAGCAUUAUCAUCUGGACCCUAGCUAUCUUGGCUUCCAUUCCAGGCUUCUGGUUUUCCAAGACCCAGAAGGAGAUAGAUCAUUUCACCUGCAAUCUGUAUUUCCCUUUUGAAAGACAACGAGAGUGGAGACAGUUCCAGGCUCUGAAACUGAACAUCUUGGGCUUGGUGCUGCCUCUGUUGGUCAUGAUUAUUUGCUACACAGGGAUUAUAAAGAUUCUGCUUAAACGGCCCAAUGAGAAGAAGGCCAAAGCUGUCCGUUUGAUUUUUGCCAUCAUGAUCAUCUUCUUUCUCUUUUGGACGCCCUACAAUCUGACUGUAUUUAUUUCUGCUUUCCACGACACCCUUUUCACCUAUGACUGUGAGGAGAGCAAACAGGUAGACCUGGCCAUGCAAGUGACAGAAGUGAUUGCCUACACACACAGCUGUGUUAACCCUGUCAUCUAUGCUUUUGUUGGCGAGAAAUUCCGGAAGUUUCUACGCCAGUUGUUCCACAAGCAUAUGCCUAUGCAUCUGACCAAAUGGUUCCCCUUUCUCUCUAUCACAAGACUGGAAAGGACCAGCUCCACAACCCCCUCUACAGCAGAACAUGAAAUCUCUGCUGGGUUAUGA